UCGUUUUCCUUGUCCAUAAUUGGAGCUGGUUUGGAUGAGAAAACAAAGAUUUAGACACGAUGACCAAAUUGAAUGGCCGUUUAAGUUGGUUAAACAGACAACUUUAGAGAAUACAUGUCCAGAAAUAAAAACAUUUAUCCUUUAACCGUUAAACCUCAUGCAAAACCCUCUGGGAAGACGAUGCUCUGAGUGUCCAAAAAUGGCGGUUUCAGCUAAAACCACUCAAAUACCUCACUCUCCGCAUCUUCCCAAUCCUCAAUUCCCCAAGACCCAUAAGCUCGAAGCCAUCGGUUUCUCUCACAAGCUCCAAACCCACCUAAUUUCCUACAGAAAAACCCAAGAAAUCACAGUCUGCAGCACCUCCUCUGUUUCCACACAGAACCCAAACUCUGAUUUGAAAAAGCUUUGCCGCCAUGGGAACCUUGAACAAGCUUUGAAGCUCUUGGAUUCGAUGCAGGAGGUUCAGGUUAAAGUGGAUGAAGAUGGUUACGUUGCUUUGGUUAGGCUGUGUGAGUGGAAGCGAACGCAUGAGGAAGGAGCUCGCGUGUACUCGUACAUAUCGAAUUCGACGACCCUUUUGAGUGUUCGGCUUGGUAAUGCAUUGCUGAGCAUGUUUGUGAGGUUUGGUAAUUUGGUUGAUGCUUGGUAUGUGUUUGGAAGAAUGGGUGAGAGGGAUGUGUUUUCUUGGAAUGUUUUGGUUGGCGGGUAUGCGAAAGCGGGGUUUUUCGAUGAGGCUUUGAAUUUGUAUCAUAGAAUGUUGUGGGUUGGGAUUGUGCCUGAUAUUUAUACAUUUCCUUGUGUUCUUAGGACUUGUGGGGGCGUGCCAGACUUGGCGAGGGGAAGGGAGAUUCAUUUACAUGUGAUUCGAUUCGGGUUUGAGUCCGAUGUUGAUGUGGUUAAUGCGUUGAUCACAAUGUAUGUGAAAUGCGGUGCUCUUGGUACUGCACGGAAGUUGUUUGAUAAAAUGCCUAGGAGGGACAGGAUCUCGUGGAACGCAAUGAUUUCGGGAUAUUUUGAGAAUGGAGAGUUUUUGGAAGGGUUGAAAUUGUUUCUCAUGAUGCGCGAGUCUUCAAUUUAUCCGGAUUUGAUGACUAUGACUAGCUUGGUAUCUGCUUGUGAGCUUCUUGGGGAUGAUAAAUUAGGGAGGGAAAUCCAUGGUUACAUUUUGAGGACGGAGUUUGCGGAGGAUGUUUCGGUUUGUAAUUCUUUAAUUCAGAUGUAUUCAAUCAUUGGGCAUUUCACGGAGGCUGAAAAAGUUUUUUCUAGAAUGGAAUAUAAAGAUGUGGUGUCAUGGACAUCAAUGAUCUCGUGUUAUGGCAAUAAUGCACUGCCUGACAAGGCUGUGGAAACCUACAGAAUGAUGGAGCGAGAGGGAAUCAUGCCAGAUGAAAUAACUAUAGCCUGUGUUCUAUCUGCUUGUGCAUGUUUAGGGAAUUUGGAUAUGGGUAUGAAGCUUCAUGAGCUUGCUUACCGGACUGGGUACAUAUCAUAUGUGAUAGUUGCCAAUACACUCAUUGAUAUGUAUUCUAAGUGUAAAUGCGUCGAUAAGGCUUUGGAAGUGUUCCAUGGCAUCCCCAGCAAGAAUGUCAUAUCAUGGAGUUCUAUCAUCCUUGGCCUUCGGACCAACAAUCGGUGCUUUGAGGCUUUGAUUUUCUUUCGGCAAAUGAAACUCAGGCUGAAACCAAAUUCUGUUACCUUGGUUUCUGUCCUAUCUGCUUGUGCAAGAAUAGGAGCUUUGAUGUGUGGAAAAGAAAUUCAUGCCCAUGCAUUAAGGACUGGUGUAGCAUUUGACGGUCAUUUACCCAAUGCACUUUUAGACUUGUACGUAAGGUGUGGAAGGAUGGGACCUGCAUGGAACCAGUUUAACUAUAACAAAAAGGAUGUUGCAGCUUGGAAUAUCCUAUUAACUGGGUAUGCACAGAGGGGUCAAGGAAAGCAAGCAGUUGAGCUAUUUCACAGUAUGGUUGAGUCCGGGUUAGAUCCGGAUGAGAUCACAUUUAUUUCACUAUUAUGUGCUUGCAGUAGGUCUGGUAUGGUUAGUGAAGGGUUGGAGUAUUUCAGAAGCAUGAAACUUGAAUAUUUUAUUACACCUAAUCUGAAGCACUAUGCGUGUGUAGUUGAUCUACUUGGUCGUGAUGGUCAAUUGGAUAAUGCGCACGAGUUUAUACAGAAGAUGCCUAUAAAUCCCGAUCCAGCUAUAUGGGGAGCCUUGUUAAAUGCAUGCAUGAUCAACAAGAAGGUUGAACUUGGUGAGCUUGCAGCUGAGCAAAUUUUUAAGAUGGAUACAGAAAGUGUUGGGUAUUACGUACUUAUGUGUAAUCUCUAUGCUGACAGUGGAAAAUGGGAAGAAGUGGCACUAGUAAGAAAGAUGAUGAGGAAAAGGGGCCUAACUGUAGAUCCUGGAUGCAGUUGGGUGGAGGUAAAGGGAAAAGUUCAUGCUUUCCUAAGUGGUGAUAAUUUGCAUCCUCAAUUUAAGGAAAUAAAUGCAGUUAUGGACGGAUUUUAUGAGAAAAUGAGAUCUGCGGGUGUCAAAGAGCCCGAAACCCGUCCAACAGAUGAAUUUGAAGCUUCAAAAGCUGAGAUCUUCUGUGGACACAGCGAAAGACUUGCAGUUGCAUUUGGGCUCAUUAACACAGCGCCUGGGAUGCCUAUAUGGGUGACUAAGAACCUUUACAUGUGCCAAAGCUGUCACAGUACUAUCAAGUUUAUCUCUAAGGUUGUGCGUCGGGAGAUUUCUGUAAGGGAUACAGAAAAGUUUCACCAUUUUAAGGAUGGCUCCUGCACUUGUGGGGAUGAAGGUUACUGGAGAAACUCCGACAAAUGAGCUGCUGGAGGAAUAUUUAAUCUUAGAUAAAUGUGGGGCAGCGGAUAAUUUGGGCUCAAAGAAGAUGUGCAACAGAGAUCUCAGGAGAGGAAGUAAGCUGCUUAUUACAGUACACUACCACUAGGAAAAAAAAGAUAGGGGCACUGUGGGUGCACUUUAAAUUGAUAUUUUUUCAAUACUACCCUUCUCGGGGGUAAUUGUUAUCUCAGAACAGUUAAUAUGUUGUACCUUUAUCUUUUCUGCUUUUGAGUUUUUUAUAUACAUAAUUACCCUGUAAAGGAGGUAAUGGUUUAGAAAAUUGUAUAGAUACGAUAUGAUGUCGGAUUUAUCUGUCUAACCGUUUUCCCAAUACCAUUUAUGCUUUACCACUACACUUUUGGGGCAACCUUAUAAGCUCGAAAUACAAAUGUGGCCUUCGGUAAUGUGGUUGUUUAUGCAA